CCUGUGGGAUGUGCCGUGGGAUGGCACUCAAGGUGACCUGCUCCACAACCUUCCCCAGCACUCAGGUCAGACUGAAAGGCCUGUAGUUCCCCACAUCCUCUUUCCAGCCUUCUUUAGAUGCGUCACUGGGGAGCACAAGCCCUGUGAGCCCGGGGUGUAAACGAGCCCAUCCCAGAGCAAAGCCAGUGAGAAAGGCCCGACCUAAGGACAGGCUGAGCCAGCUGGGAGAAAGGUGGGCAAGGAGCAAAAGCAAUGGAAGGGGCAGCUCCUCACCAAGAGCACACCUCCAAAGCCAAAGCAAGCUGGCAGGGUUGUGAGGGAAUGGGGCCCCUCCUGACAACACACCCACAAACCACAGCACACGAGUAACAGGGGGUGACCUCACUGCUGACACUCCAGUUUUUCAGUGCCUUGGUCAUGUCUCCAAAAUGCCACAACACUCAAAUUCCAUGGAAAUGCUCCCAAAUCCCAACUCCUCAAAGCUGCCGCCAGCUGACAGGGCUGGGCCAAGGCUGUGCCGCCCCUGCGGGAGCAGCAUAAAAGCCGGCCCAGCGCCUCUCUCCCUGCCACGCUUCUCCUCAAGCCUUCUCCUGCCUUCUCUGCCCACAACCAGGGCCCCUCCACACCACACCCAUGGCCUGCUACGACCUCUGCCGCCCCUGCGGACCCACCCCGCUGGCCAACAGCUGCAACGAGCCCUGUGUCAGGCAGUGCCAGGACUCCACCGUCCUCAUCCAGCCCUCCCCCGUCCGCGUCACCUUCCCAGGGCCCAUCAUGACCUCCUUCCCCCAGAGCUCCUUCGUUGGAUCCACCGCAGGGGCUGCCCUGGGCACGGAGCUCAACGUCCAGGGACAGCCCAUCUCCGGCGGCUUUGGCUACGGAGGCUACGGCCUGGGCUAUGGCCGUGGCUUUGGCUACGGCCUGGGAGGCCUGGGCUGCUCUGGCCUGGCAGGCCUGGGCUGCUCCGGCACCUGCUGACCGUCCUUGCCAUCACAGCUGACACCCCCUGCACCUGCCCUUCUCACUCUUGCACCAAUAUCUCCUGCAAGCAAAGCACCUCGGCUGAUGGUCGCCCUACUUGCACCUCACACCUCGCCCAUCCCACUCCCUGCUCCUGUCUCUUCACUCCUUUGACUCAAUAAAAU